AUGACCAGCUUCAAGGUUCUCUUUGCCUUCCUCGCCAUGUUCAUGUUCUCCAUCCAAACCGCCGUGGCCCUCCCCGGCAACACCCAAUCCAUCCCUUCUGCUGCUGCCGUCAAAAACUAUGACACUGCAGCUCAAAAGUCUCCUGCUCCCGCUGAAGGCGAGCCUUUCCAACGUGGAAAAUACUGCUAUGGCACUUGCAACAAGCAGAAGAAAUGUAAUUGUCAGGAAGGAAAGGCCACGUACACUUGCUCAUGCGUGCAUCCGGAUGCGAAAUGCUCGUGUUGGGUGGUCUAG